AUGGGCAGAAAAUUCUUCGUCGGCGGCAACUGGAAAUGCAAUGGAACCAGUGACGAGAUCAAGAAGAUAAUAUCAACACUCAAUGCUGGUCAAGUGCCAUCACAAGAUGUUGUUGAGGUUGUUGUGAGCCCCCCAUUUGUAUUUCUUCCUCUGGUCAAGAAUGAGCUGCGACCUGAUUUUCAUGUUGCCGCCCAAAAUUGUUGGGUUAAGAAAGGCGGUGCUUUCACCGGUGAAGUUAGUGCUGAGAUGCUUGUUAAUCUGAGCAUUCCUUGGGUCAUUUUGGGUCACUCUGAAAGGAGAGCCCUUUUGGGUGAAUCAAACGAGUUCGUUGGAGACAAGGUAGCAUAUGCUCUUUCUCAAGGUUUGAAGGUAAUUGCAUGUGUUGGGGAGACUCUUGAGCAAAGAGAAUCAGGAUCCACAAUGGAUGUUGUUGCUGCACAAACGAAGGCUAUUGCAGAUCUAGUAAAAGAUUGGACAAAUGUUGUGAUAGCUUAUGAGCCUGUUUGGGCUAUUGGUACUGGAAAGGUUGCAACCCCUGCACAAGCUCAGGAAGUACAUGCUGAAUUGAGGAAAUGGCUUCAAGCAAAUGUUAGUGCUGAAGUGGCUGCCUCAACCAGGAUCAUCUAUGGAGGAUCUGUAAGCGGUGCAAACUGCAAGGAGUUGGCUGGACAGCCAGAUGUUGACGGUUUUCUUGUAGGUGGAGCUUCUUUGAAGCCGGAGUUCAUUGACAUCAUCAAGGCUGCUGAGGUGAAGAAAAGUGCCUGA